AUGUGCGUCCUUGUGAUAGCAUUCGCCAUCGCCAUCUCACUACCCGUCCUGCUGCUGCCGCUCGCACCUGCCUCCGCCGGAGUCGGUGCGAAUGGCGUGUACUACGGCGUGUAUUGCGGCAAUUUUGCCACGCUCUGGGCGAUCACCAACUGGGACCGGCUCGAAUUUCUGUUCCAGCAGCCAGACGCUAGCGGGGAGCUCUCGCCGGGUGCGGCGGAGUGGUCGGAGUUCAAGCACUCGGGGCUGCUGGUCCACUGUCGCGGAGGCGGAUGGCGCUAUCCCAUGGCGCUGGCCAUCGCAUGGAUUGCCUUCAGCGCGACGUUUUCUGGCAUUGGCCUCUACUUCGGCUCUGAGAUGGAGAACAGCCUAGUGCUCUUCUACGGUGCAAUUUUGACGCAAGUAGUGCCAUCGACCCUUGAGGGGACGGCCCUGCUUUGGGUCCACGACAUCUCCGUGCCUGUACUCGUCGAGUCGCUCUUCGUCGGAACCCUCGGCACGUUGCUCCCUUGGAUGCUGCGGCAGGCGGGUCUGCUUGGCGUGAGCGUCUUGGAGAGUACGGAGCUCCACCUCAUCUGCGUCUUCGAGGCCUCGCUGGUCAUGGGCACCUUUGAUGACCCGAUGAUGGUCAUCGGCGUCAUCCUCAUUGUCUCCGCCUUCUUCACAGUUCAGCGGCUGCGUGACGCCUACCAGGACGGCGACCCGGACGAGCUCUACCUAAGCUGGAUGGGCCACAUCCCCGGGCUGGCCGCGCCAGUCAUCUACCUCGUCCACACCACCCUCAUCCGCACGUACAUCAACAAGGACCACUACUUCAUCUACCGCUGCUCCGCCGGCAUCGACUGGGAGCAGCAGGAGUGGGUCAUGGUCGUCCUGCUGCUCCUGCGGCUGGCGCUCGUGCAGCUCGAGCUGCUCUACUGCCUGACGCGCAGCCGCCGCGACGUGGCGAUGGUGCUCCGCGGUGGCAUUGAGUCGCUCUCGAAGCACUUUGCCUACGUCACCUUCUGCCUCGCCUUUGCAGCAACGCUCUUCACCUCGUGCUUCAUAAUAAGGCACGAUGGGCUCGGCCCCGUGUUCGUCGACCUUAUCGAGCCAGCCAACUGCCUCAGCGCUCCGGCUAAGUCGCAAGACGGUCCGGCUGCGACCAGGCACCGAGGCUGA